GUUACGAACUUACGACUCUAGAGUUUCUAAACUGUUUUAUAAAGAUGGAGCACAUAGGGAUAAUAGAUGUUCAUAAUAUGUAAAAAAGUGGGUUUCUUGACCCAUAAAAAAAUGCUGUUCCAUCCUCUUCGUAUCUUCCUUUUCCUUUUUCUCUCUUCCCUUUGUUUACUACAGAUCAAUGCUGCUGAAAGUGGCUUGGGUGGUCAUAUCAAAGUAGACCCGAAACUCAAGUUCGAGAACCCGAAGCUACGUGAAGCAUACAUCGCUCUCCAGUCAUGGAAACAAGCAAUCUUCUCUGACCCUUUCAACUUCACAGCAAACUGGAACGGCUCAGAUGUUUGCUCCUACAAUGGAAUAUACUGUGCUCCUCUUCCUGGCGCAUACAACAAAACAAGAGUCGUUGCCGGCAUUGACCUUAACCAUGCCGACAUGGCUGGUUACUUACCAUCCGAGCUUGGUCUCCUUUGUGACCUCGCUCUCUUCCACCUUAACUCGAACCGUUUCUGCGGUGAAGUCCCUCUCACAUUCAACCGCAUGAAGCUUCUCUACGAGCUUGAUCUUAGCAACAACCGAUUCGUCGGUAAGUUCCCUAAGGUUGUCCUCUCUUUACCGUCCCUUAAGUUCUUGGAUCUCCGCUACAACGAGUUCGAAGGCAAGAUCCCGUGGAAGCUCUUCGAUAAAAAGCUGGACGCUAUAUUCUUGAACCAUAACAGGUUCCGGUUUGGGAUCCCCAAGAACAUGGGGAACUCUCCGGUCUCUGCUCUGGUUCUUGCCGACAACGAUCUUGGAGGAUGCAUACCGGGAAGUAUCGGUCAAAUGGGGAAGACACUCAACGAGAUUAUCCUCUCUAACGAUAACUUAACCGGUUGUUUACCUCCUCAGAUAGGUAACCUCAAGAAAGUGACGGUUUUCGACGUCAGUUCGAACCGUCUACGUGGUCCGUUACCGGCUAGCGUCGGUAACAUGAAGAGUUUAGAAGAGCUUCACGUGGCGAACAACGGCUUCACGGGAAUCAUUCCUCCAAGUAUCUGCCAGCUUCCGAACCUUGAGAACUUCACUUACUCUUCCAACUUCUUCACCGGCCGUGCUCCUAUAUGCGCCGCUCUAUCGGUGGCCGACGCUAUUGUGAACGGGUCUAUGAAUUGUUUAACCGGUGUGGCUCGUCAGAGAUCGGUUAAGGAGUGUUUAUCUCUGUUGGCUCGUCCUGUUGAUUGUAGUAAGUUUGGUUGUUAUAAUAUUUUCUCUCCGCCGCCACCGACGUUCAAGAUGUCACCUGUUGUCAGGAAGCUUCCUCCACCGGUUUAUGUUUACAAGUCGCCUCCACCACCGUCGUCUAAGAUGUCUCCUACUGUCAGGGCUUACUCUCCGCCGCCGCCACCGUCGUCUAAGAUGUCGCCUACUGUGAGAGCAUACUCUCCGCCUCCACCACCGUUGUCAAAGAUGUCGCCUACUGUUCGAGCUUACCCUCCACCACCACCACCAUCUCCAUCUCCUCCACCGCCUUACGUAUACUCAUCUCCUCCUCCACCACCACCUUAUGUCUACUCAUCUCCUCCUCCUCCACCCUACGUGUACUCGUCUCCUCCACCACCGCCUUACGUAUACUCAUCUCCACCUCCGCCUCCUCCAAGUCCACCACCGCCCUACGUAUACUCAUCUCCACCUCCCCCUCCUCCAAGUCCCCCACCGCCGUGUCCUGAAUCAUCUCCUCCACCACCUUACGUGUACUCAUCUCCUCCUCCACCACCUUACGUGUACUCAUCUCCUCCUCCACCACCUUACGUGUACUCAUCUCCUCCUCCACCACCUUACGUGUACUCAUCUCCUCCUCCACCACCUUACGUGUACUCAUCUCCUCCUCCACCACCUUACGUGUACUCAUCUCCUCCUCCACCACCUUACGUGUACUCAUCUCCUCCUCCACCACCUUACGUGUACUCAUCUCCUCCUCCACCACCUUACGUGUACUCAUCUCCUCCUCCACCACCUUACGUGUACUCAUCUCCUCCACCUCCACCAUACGUAUACUCAUCUCCACCUCCACCUCCUCCAAGUCCACCACCACCGUGUCCUGAAUCAUCUCCGCCACCGCCCGUUGUAUACUAUGCACCGGAGAUACAAAGCCCUCCCCCUCCAGCACCAGUAUACUAUGCACCGGAGACACAAAGUCCACCACCGCCAGCACCAGUAUACUAUGCACCGGAACAAAGCCCACCACCCCCAACACCAGUAUACUAUGCACCGGAACAAAGCCCACCACCACCAUCACCGGUUUACUAUCCAUCAGAAACACAAAGUCCACCACCACCAUCACCAGUAUACUAUCCAUCGGAAACACCAAGUCCUCCACCACCAACUGAGUACUACUACUCACCAACCCAGUCUCCGCCACCAGCAAAGGGAUGUACUGAAAGCCAUCCUCCACCAACACAAGCACCUCCUACUUACGAACCAACACCUGAAUAUUCAUACACAUCGUCACCACCACCGGUUCCUUCCUACCCGGACACGUCUCUACCACCGAUUCCAAGUGUCUCGUAUGCAUCGUCUCCUCCUCCGUCAUACUACUAGUUUCAAAUAAUUGAGUAAAAAAUGCAUUGCUUUACAACUACUCACAAUUAUAUUCUUUUGGCUGCAAGACAUUGAUUUGUGUGUUUGGUUGAUUUAAACAAAAAAAAACAUUUGAAUUAUGUUUUUCUUAUUUCCAUAUUUUUCUUUUGAAUAUUUUGUUCUCUCUUUUUUCUCCCCUCUAACACAGAGCUGCAUUAGCAGCAAUGGAGUAUAUAGUUUCAGUUUAUAAUCUUAUGUAUAAAUAGUAACA